UGCCAAGGCAAAACUAGGUGAAGUGACCCAUGCCAUGGGUUUAAGAUAAAAAUUAAAUUUUUUGACGCUACGCUUCCGAUUCCGAUUCUGUUCAGGCAUGACGCCGCCGCCGCCGGUAUUGACCACCAGGAUUCACUGUCCACGGUAACACCAUUCCCGGUUCCAAUUCAUCAUCAUAAUCAUAAACAUAAUAGAUGAUGAAGUUCAAGUUGAAGUUCAUUCUCUGCAAUGCCAAUGCCAAUGCCAUCUUCAUUCCAAACUCACAAUUUCAAGCGCUUCAAACCCACCGAUCUAUGCAUCGUCAAACCUAUCCUCUCUUCCAAAACCCAUCUCUCUCAAGCCGUUUCUUCUCUUGAUCUUUUGCACCCCAAAGGUAUUCGUUUACCUUCUCACGUUCUCGUUAAUCUAUUGCGUCGUUGCUCUGAAACAAAGUCUUAUAAAGAGGGUAAGCUUGUUCAUCUUCAUUUGAAGCUUACCGGUUUUAAACGACCCACUACGCUUAUUGCUAAUCAUUUGAUUCAUAUGUAUUUUUGUUGUGGCGAUUAUGUUUGUGCACGCAAGGUGUUUGAUAAAAUGGAGGGUAGAAAUUUGUAUUCUUGGAAUAAUAUGAUUUCUGGGUAUGUUAAAUUAGGGAUGAUGAAACAAGCUAGGAGCAUGUUUUAUCAAAUGCCGCAAAAGGAUUAUGUGUCGUGGAAUUCGAUGGUGGUUGGUUAUGCACAUUGUGGGAGGUUUGGCGAGGCUUUGAGGUUUUAUGGACAGUUGAGGAGAUUGUGUAUUGGAUAUAAUGAGUUUACGUUUGCUAGUGUAUUGAUUGUUUGUGUGAAAUUGAAAGAAUUUGAACUUUGUAGGCAGAUUCAUGGACAGGUUUUAGUUGUUGGGUUUUUAUCCAAUGUGGUUGUUUCCAGCUCAAUUGUAGAUGCUUAUGCAAAAUGCGGUAGAAUGGAAGAUGCAAGGAGAUUGUUUGAUGAUAUGCCCGUGAGAGAUAUUCCUGCUUGGACGACGUUAGUUUCAGGAUAUGCUUUAUGCGGGGAUAUGGAAUCAGCUGCUGAACUGUUUAGUCAGAUGCCCAAGAAAAAUACCUAUUCUUGGACGUCUUUGAUCGGAGGUUAUGCGAGAAAUGGUCUGGGUCAUAAAGCUCUUGGAGUGUUUAGAAAGAUGAUUAAGCAUCAAGUUAAGCCUGAUGAAUUCACAUUCAGUAGUUGCCUGUUUGCUUGUGCUACUAUCGCUUCACUGAAGUAUGGUAAGCAGAUACAUGCAUUUUUGGUGCGGAAUAACAUUAGAACUAAUCCUGUUGUUGUUAGUGCUAUUGUUGACAUGUAUGCAAAAUGUGGAAGCAUGGAGACUGCCAUGCAAGUCUUUGUAAUCGUCAGAAAUAUGCAACAUGUAGUGUUGUGGAACACUAUGAUAUCAGCACUGGCUCACUAUGGCUAUGGGAAAGAAGCAGUUAUGAUGCUCAACGAGAUUCUGAAAUCAGGAGUGAAGCCAAACAAGACCACUUUUGUUGCCAUUCUAAAUGCUUGUAGUCAUUCAGGCCUUGUCCACGAAGGACUCCAGUUUUUCAAUUCCAUGCAUGCUGUGCACAGCAUUGUCCCAGACCUAGAACACUACGCAAGCCUAAUUGAUCUUUUGGAUCAAGCUGGAUGUAUUGAUGAAUCAAUGAAGGAUACUGUAAACCAUGUUUGGUAUUCUUUGCUAGGUGUAUGUAGACUGAAUGGAAGUACAGGACUUGAAAGAGAAGUAACUGAAUUCCUUAUUAAAUGGCAGCCUCAAUCUUCUGCUGCUUAUGUAUUACUUUCCGGUACAUAUGCAGCACUCGUGAAAUGGGGAUUGGUUGAGGAAGUAAGACAUAUUAUGGAUGAGAGACGUGUAAGGAAAAAUCAGUCCAUUAGUUGGAUCGAAAUUGAAAAUGAGGUCCAUUCUUUCACUUUAUCAGAUGGAUUGCACCCUAUGAAGGAAACAAUAUACUCAGCUUUGGGGCACUUAAAUAACCAGAUAGAGGACAAUGCCCCAUACCUAACUGAAGGAUAGAAAAAUUCUUUUUCCAGUUGCUCAUUUUUUGUAGAAAGCGGGAUACAGUUUCCAUUUUAAUUAUUAUAGUUUUAUCUAUUUUUACUUUCUUUUUCGUCAUUCUAUAUUCUGCAGAGUAGAAUUUCCAUGAUGAUAUAUUUAUAAGAUGUUACCUCCAGUAAAAAUCCGAGGACAAAUGAGAAGAGAGUUUGGUGGGAAGGAAGAACCAACGAAAAGAAAUGAUUUUCAUGAAAGAGUUCUUGCUUCCUUUCUUCUUCCAAAUUGAUUUGCUUGUAUUUUCACCAACACAAUCAAACAAGAAUUUUAUUCCUGCGUAAAUGAUGCCCCUUCCUGCUUUUUUGGAAGCGCGUCUCAUUCCUUAAUAUGACAUGAAAUGUCUGCAUCGCGGACUACUGAUGGAAAAUGGGAAAGCUAAUUGUGAAUUACAGAGCAGACUUCGUGGUAGACGCAAUUUUCGAUUGGUGGAUACUGUAGCAUGUUGGGAUACAGAUCACCACAGAAAUUCCUAUGUGGGCAUUAGGUGAAGGAAGAUUUCAUGUUCUAGUUCGUAGUAUCAUCCUUGUUUGGGGUCUCAGUCUUAAGUGCCCGUGCUGAUCAGGUAGGGUACAUUUUUUUUUUUGAACAAAUCAGGUAGGGUACAUUACAAUGAUCCGAGCUAGUAAACCGUAGAAUUCUUUUAACAAUUUGAACUGAAUUUGUUAUUAUAGGAUAAUUCUUUUCCCUCUAUAGGAAUAGGAAUAGGAGCUUACUUAACACCAAACCUUUGUCUCUGUAUUAUCUAAAGGAAAUAUUGAAUUAUGCAGUUUUGUAUCA